CACAGAAUGACAAAUUUUUUUUCCUUACUCUUUUUAAUAGGAAAAUUUGAGACUGAGGUUCGACCAAGAUGUCAGGAGGCAUAGCUGAUGGUACCAGGAAGGUCCUGACGAUCGACGAUUUGGUCGAAGCCUUGGACAGGUGUGAAAGGUCACAGAGAAAUGUUCCCAAGGUCGAUACCUUCCAUUUCAAUGGGAAACGGGUCUCUGAUUGGCUUGACUUGGUAGAACAAGCACUGGUGGGACUAUCGGACGCGGUGAAAUUUCAACGAAUUAUGAAGUAUGUCCUCCAUGACCAUCAUCAAGAGGUAGAGAAAGUGGUGAACGCAGCAAAUGGCAGCUGGGUCGAGAUUCAAAGAUGGGAUGCAAAGGAAGUUGAUGAGGGGCAUGAUGAGCCAAUUGGAGAUUCGCCACGAGAGGAGGUCCGUCAGGGAGAAGAGCGAGGCGCUCAAGGUGGACGCGUAGCAGAGGAGGUGAUAGAGGUUGGAGAGGACACUCCACCCCAGGCGCAUGUUGCAGAGUUGAGGCCAGAGAUCGUACCGAAGAUCGCCCGCGAGGAGGAGGAGGAGCCUCAACAGGGGGAGAUUCCGUCCUUGCCGCCAGAGGUAAUCCUUUCGCCAGGGGUGAAGAUGGAAAUUGAGCGAGAACGGACUGACUGGAGAAGAAAGGCCAUCUCCAUGAUUGAUAGGUAUCUAGCAGUGCAUGCCCAAGAGCACCCUGACAUUGAGGAGCCUAUGCCUAUGGAGCCGCCGCGAGAGUCGCGCCAGCUAGAGAGAGAAGCAGGGGCCGAGAUUCCGGGGAGAGCAGACCAUCGCACGAGAGGGAGAGUACCGGCAGGGGAGACAGCCGAUGAGAAGCGGGCCAGAGUUGGAAAAUGCGUGGAGGAAAUUUGGCAGGAAAGUCAGAGAUUAGAGGUGGUCAGGGCACUCCCAGAUCAACCACCACCGCCUAAGCCAUGUGGAGUCAAGGAGAUGUGGGACGAGUUCUUUGACCAGCAUGGCGAGGGGUUGACGACUCCAGAGGGGGCAGGACUCGGGACAUCAAGGAGGCUGGAUGAGUACCUGGAUCGUAAGAUCCGCUUCCUGACCAAAACAUCUUUCAAUAGGUACCUGAUGUUGAAAGAUGAUCUGGCCGGAAAAAAGGUGAAGGAAGCGAGUCAUGGAGUGCGUCUGAAGGCGGUUGAGGCGGAGGUACGAGAGCUCAGAGCAUUGGUGGCUAGUCAAGCUGCCAUCAUCCAGGAUUUGAGGCGGCAACCUCGAGACAGGGUCGACAGGACAGAGAGAGAGGAGCCUGCCGAGGUAGUGGACGGGGCAGGGAGUAGCCGACAUGACGUCCAGAGAGAGUCAAUACAGGACUUGUCCGAGCAGCCACUAGCAGUUGGACUCCCCCUGGAACCGCCCAUGGGAAGAGUCAUCAUGGAGCCUGAGGAGGCAAAGGCAAAGAGGGAGGCAGAGAGAGAGGCCUUUGAGUUCAGGGCGCCUACUGAACUCGCCACGUUGCCAACAACAGCCGUGGAGCCCAUGACAGAGGCUAUGCCAUUAUCAGUCGAGAGGGGGCAACAGACAACUAGCAGCGAGCCGAUUCAGGGUUCAGUGAAAGGGUCUAUGGAUGUGCUCCUGAAGGCAGUUGAUACUAUGCAGGAAGAGGCGAGUCUAUUUUCGCCUGAGCAGAGGGUGGAGGAACCACCUCAGGGAGAAAUGAUGAUUGCGAUGAAGAGCGUCAUUGAGGGUAGGCCACAGAGGUUGGAUACUCCUGAGUACAGACCAACAGGAGUUGGGAUACGGGCAGAGCCGAGUACUCGAGAGAUGGAUUUGAGAUCUAAGGAGUCUAUGGACGUGCCCCAGAGCUAUGAGCUGGGCAGAGAGGCUAGCGAGGCACCUUCGUCGCUAGGGUCUCAGAGGAAGAAGAAAAGGCUAAGAAAGUCAUAAGACCCGGCUUAUUUUUUCUG